AGGCGGCGAUGGGAUUUCUACCUAAACGAAUCCACCAUGCAGCCUGUCUGGCCUUCGCGGUCCUGGCAACCCUUCUGGUUUUACAGAUCUUCACCUACCAUCAAAACGCCACAAAGAGCGAUGAUGAAAAUAUGAUGAAAAACAAGCCAGACAACGCCAAGUUAAAGGCGAAAAUAAAGCCAAGUCCAACAUCCAAAGCCGCACAUAUCGACUUCAUGAAGAACCAGACGUCAGUUCAAUCCAAGAGGAAAGUCAUACUUCAGGAAACCUGCAAACGCCGCGGGUUGGCCUCGGAGAAAGAACCACCCCUUUACACGAAGACACAUACAUUGGUCGUGGACAAUUUUAAAGUCAUUUACUGCUUCGUGCCCAAGGUGGAAAACAGCAACUGGAAGCGGAUCAUGAUGGUACUUAAUGGGGAAAAAGAUACCGUAGAGGGCCUCACUUCGGAGGAGGUUCACGUCAAGGCAAAGACCCGCUUCUUGAACUCCUACACCCCUGAAGAGCAACAGCAUCGACUGAAGAACUACCGCAAGUUCUUCUUUGUCCGCGAGCCACUCGAGCGCAUCAUGUCGGUGUACCGUGACCAAUUUGAAAACACCGGCUACUACCGCGUCAACAAGCCUUUCCACGUCUUCGGGAAGCAGAUGGUGAGGAAGUUCAAGAAGAAGCCUUCCGCGGUAGCGAUCAGGACGGGCGAGAACGCCACCUGGACGGAGUUCGUGGACUACCUGACUCAUCCCUUGGAACGUGCCGAGAUCGAAAACGAGCUGACGUCAUACCCUUGUGAUCACUGGAAAGAGAUGCACAACAUCUGCUCCCCCUGCACAGUCGACUAUGACGUCAUUGGUAAACUAGAAACCAUACAUGAUGACGCAAAAUAUGUUUUAAAGUUGAUAGACGCACCUGGUAAGGUAAAGUAUAUUGCUUCAUCAGCAGGCACUCGCCCUACCAAUAGCUCGGACGACGGAACUUUCCAAAAAUACUUGUCUCAGCUGGACAAGAAGAAACUCACGCAGCUCUGGGAUCUUUACAAACUGGAUUAUGAGCUGUUCGGUUAUCCAAAACCAGCAAUAAUUCCUGACUAGUAAUAACUAAUAAUGACUAGUUAUAACUAGCUACAACGCAAUUUACAAAACAGAAGUCCUGCGGUGUUCUUUUUCCCUAGUCUUAAAAGCACUGGACACUAUUGGUAACUACUCAAAAUAAUUGUUAGCAUAAAAACUUACUUCGA